AUGCCUGCCCCUGUUGGCCCCAGUCCUCUGCGUCUUAGCAUGGGGAGGACUUCCAGGCUGAGGUAUAGGCCUGCACGUGGCAGUUCUGCUUCCCGCCCCAGGAGGGGCGGCCGGGGCGCGCUCGAAUUCAGCCCGCCGGGGGAGGACCCGGCCGCCGCCACCGCCGGGGCGCUCGGGAGCGCCCUCGCGGAGGCGCGCGAGCUCUGCGCGCGCGCCGGGGCGGUCCUCGGCGGCCCGGGCGCCGAGGCGGGCGGCCUGCACGUGGGGAUGCGCUGCCGGGGGAGGUGGAUGGACGGCAACUUCUACGACGCCACAGUCCACAGCGGCCUGGGCAGCGACGGCGCCGUGCUGCUGAACUGGCUGCGCCCGCGCCCCGCGGGGGACGGGGCGCCGCCGCUCGUGACGGUGAGCGGCGCGGCGGGGGGCGACGACACGCUGCACAGGUUCGUGCCGAGGGCGGACGUGCUGCCCGUGGGCGCCAGCAGGGCUGCCCUCGUGGCGCGGGAGCUCUUCUCGGAGGGGGGGCUCCCGAGGACCGCCCGUGCUUCGACUGCUCGGCGGACGCCGCGGAGUGGGCCUCCGUGUCGUUCGCCGCCGGCAUACCUCUGCGGGCCCUGUGCCGAGGCGCACCGGCGGCUGGGCCUCCGGCAGAGCCUGGUGCGGCGGCUCUGCGACGGCCUGGGCUGGCCCCAGCGGGACCUCGAGUACUUGCGGCUCGGCGGCGCCGCGGCGCUGCGCGACUGCAUGCAGCGGCACGCGCCGGGGCUCGCUGGCGCGCCCGCGGGCCAGAGGUACACCAGCCGCUUCGCGGAGUUCUACCGGCGCCGCCUGGACGCCCUCUGCGUGGGCGCGCAGCUGCCGCCGCCCCCGGCGCCAGAGGCGGCGGGCCAGCAGGGUGGCGGCGAGUUCCUGACGGGCCCCGAGGCCGCCGCCGUCGCGGAGGAGGCGGCUGCACGCCUGGAGGCGCGCUUCCAGGAGCCGCGGCGCAGCCGGGCCGCCGCUCUGCCGCCGCCUCCGGGGCCCGGCGGCGCCCCGGCCACGGCGCGGAUGCUUACUGCGAGCUGUGCUUCGGGCCUCAGCACCCUCAAGAAGGGCAAGGAAGACAUGCUGACCGAUGCCACGCCCAUCCCAAGGUCUUUCUCGCAGGCGGGGGCGGAGAAAGGCCAACGAAACCUGGGUGCCAUUCCGCUCCCCAUGCUGUCGUGCUCGCCCACCGGGCUGGCGUCGGCCCUCAGGCGGGUCUGGCGCGCGAAGCGUUUACGAUAUUACCCCGCCCCGCCGCCCUGCCCUGCCGUCGCCGAGCUCGGCGGCCGCGCGGGGCUCGCGGAACUCCUGCCCGUCCUGGCCCUCUUCCUCUGCGGCUUCGCGGGCUGGGCCGGCGCGCGGGUCCUCAAGCGCCGCCUGGGCCACCGCCUGCAGCCGAGCAGGGCGGGGCAGAAGAAGGUGGACGGCGAGCCCGAGCCGCAGGCCCCCCCGGGCGCCGCCGCGGGGAGCCCGGAGCCGGCGCCAGCGGCGCCGCGGAGGAGGCAGGCCAGGCGUCGGCCGCAGGCCUCGGGCUGCCAGGGGCCCCAGGAGCCCCUCGGCGACGCGGCCCCUGGCGUCCCCGAGGAGGGCCCCGAGUGCCUGGCGGCGCCGGCGGAGCAGGGCCUUCCCGCGGCAGCGCCCCGGGCGGAGCAGGCCGACGAGCCGCCGCCCGCGCCAGAGCGGGCGGAGGAGGCCCUGCAGAGCGAGAGGGUCGCCAGGCUGCUGGCCAAGAAGGCGGCGCGCAAGGCCCGCAAGGCGGCCGAGACCGUGGCGGCCGAGGACGGCGCGGAGCGACGGCAGCAGCAGCAGCAGCAGCAGCAGCAGCAGCAGCAGCAGCAGCAGCAGCAGCACCAGCAGACGUCCAGCGCGGCGCCGGCGGCCGAGGUCGUGGAGCUGCCAGCCGCCGCCGCGGCCCCGGCGCCGGCGGCUGACGAGGGGCAGCCGCUCGCCGCCGCGGCGCAACUAGCCGAGGCCGAGGAGGAGCAGCCUCUCGCCGCCACUGCGGCGGCAGACGCCGCCGAGGAGACCGCUGGGCAGGACGGCGGCGGCGGCCUGGCGCAGAGGGUGCUGUGGGCCGCCCAGGAGGAGGAGGAGGGCGAGUGGACGGGCGCUGGUCCGCAGCGGCCCCGCCUUCCGCUGCCACCGCAGUGGGCGGAGGACGCGAGCAGCGCCUGGUGUGUGCCGCCGCAGCGGCCAGGGGACGCGGGCAGCGCCUGGUGCGCCCACGGCGGCUACAGGAGCCUGCCGCGGGGCUGCCCGGCCGACGAGCACGGAGGCGGCGGCACCUGGAGGCGCGGCGGGGGCUCCGGCCGCUGGCGCGGCGGCGGCGGCGGCGGCUGGCACGGCGAGGAGCUGGACAGCUGGAUGGCCCCCUUCGACACGCUGUCCAGGAGGCCCGACCCGCAGGCGCUGCAGCAACAGCCGAUGAUGCAGCCCGCGCAGGCUCCGGUCGUGUCGCCAAUCGUGUGCCCGGACGGCCAGACGGCCUUCUGCGACGGCAGCAGGAUGUACACGCCAGUGGGCGGCAGCGGCAGCGUCUUUACCGACGGGGAGCAGACCUACGAGAUGGCUUGCUUCCAGGUGACGAUGCCCCUCCAGGACCCGGGCUCCCCGCCGGGCAUGAGCGGCCUCGGGUGCGGCUUCGGUCCCGCAGGCGCUUGCGGCCGGCCCCCACGGGGCCCGAUGUCCGGGGCCUCGGGCGCCGUCUGCCUGGACCCCGCCGCCCUCGGCCUGCCGGCGGACUCGGACAUGUGCUGCGAGAUCGAGGUGCUGGUCUCGUCUCCGGUGAGCCGGCUGCGCGGGCUGGUCUCCGCGCUCAACGGCGGCGACGACGGCGCCGAGGACGCUCUGCGCGAGCUGGGCACGGAGGUGAAGCACGCGCAGAUCCGCGUGAUGUGCCACCAGGCGGAGGGCCCCGACGGGCCCUCCCCGCUCCAGGACGAGUGCCAGCUGCUCCUGCUCGCGGUGGGGCGGCUCGGGGAGCUGCUGCUGUCCGAGCGCGAGGCGUCGCGCCGCGAGAGCGAGGCAGGCGUCCGCCGCCUCGCCGAGGCGCAGCAGGCGCGGGCCGCUGCGGCGCAGGAGGCGGGCGCGGAGGCGCACAGCCAGGCGAAGCAGCAGCUGGAGGAGAUGGCGGCGGAGGUGGAGGCGCAGCAGGGCCGCGCGGACGCCCUGGAGCAGGCGGCCGAGCUCGAGGCGCGCGCGCAGGGCUUCGAGGAGGAGUGCGCGCGGCUGCGGCGGGCGCACGCCCUCCUGGAGGAGGAGCUCGGCGACGCGAAGGCGCAGCGGGCGGCCCUCGCGGUGGCCCACGAGGACACGGAGGGCGCCCUCGCCGAGCUGCAGCGCCGCCUGGACGCUGCGCCUGCGCUGGCGCGCCGGGGCGGCAAGGAGAACGGCGGCGUCGAGCGCCCUGCCCGCCCCGCGCCCGCGGCGCGGCCCGAGGGCGCGGGAGCCGCGGGCGGGGCCGAGGCCUUCUCGCGCGGGGCGCGGGCGGCGCUGGCGCUGAGCGGCCGCUCGGCGGAGGCCGAGGCGCUGCUGAGGCCCGCGCUGCUCGCCUGGCGCUGCGCGCGCCUGGAGGCGCGCUGGGCGGGCGCGGGCGCGGCGGCGGCCGCCAGCUCGCUGGAGGCGGACCUGUCGCUCGUGGGCGGGCGGCCCUGCGGCGGGGCGCGCCGCUGCUGCUGCGCGGCGGCGGCGGGCGGGCCGCCCUGCUGCCAGGGAAGCCGACGAGCCCAAAGCGGCACGGGCAGCGUCGGAGGACAGUGGCUCCGGGCGGCCCUGGCCGUGCUGCGGCGGGAGUCGGCCCGGGCCCAGGCCGCGGAGGCCGCCGUGGCGGGCUCCGCCGCCCUCGCGCGGCGGCGCGGCGCGGCCGCGGCCGCGUGCCUGGCCGCGCUGCUCGCCUACCUGGUGGAGCCGGGCCUGGGCGGCGGCUGGUGAGCUGCGGCGGGCCCUCGGCGGCCCGCCUCCGGCCGGGCCGCGGGGGCCUGUGCGCGCGGGGCCGGAGCAGGCAGGCGGGGGGCAGGCGGGGCUCGAGGCGCUGGAGCAGGGGCUCGGCCACAGGAUGCAUCUGCCCCAGACCUGGUUCCCGCCGCCGAAUCCACGAACGAGAUACGUACAUGAUGUCCCGUGGAUGUACGCGCCCUCUGCGCGCUCCUGGG